AUGGUCAAGGGAAUUGUUACGCCGAGUCCAGCGACGGUUGGAAGUAACUCGGCUGGACUGACCAACUCGGCGGACUCGGCGAAUGCGAUGAUCACGGACGCGACGGCGGACGAGGCGAGCACCGUCCAGUUCGAUGAGGAGGAUGCCCAAGACCAAGAAAUUGUGCGCAACCUGGCCGCCGAGCUCGGCAAUGAUACGGACGACGAAGAUCAAGCCGCCGCUCAAGGGGAACGUCCGCCCCUGAUCCCGCGAGCGACGAGGAAUGCGGAUACGCCAAGUGCGAACAAGGUUCUGGGCAGGCUCGGAGAGGAGAUGCGAGCUCAGAGCGAGUGGAUGAUGAUGUUUGCCCCAGUGGCGAUGGCUCAGGCGAGAUGGCUGGUGCUAGUUCCCGAGCUGACUCAGCCGGUGAACAGCACCGACAUCAACCAACUGGUCGAAGACAGGGUGCUGCUACUCAAGGCGAUGGGGUUCCGGUGCACGAGCCGACCCAACAGCCUGCUACUCGGCGAUUGGGACCCCAGCCGAGCUUCACGCGAAAUCCUCAAGUGGAAGCGUCGGUUGAGAGUCUCGUUUGGUCUCGAGCGGGGGGCCGUCGGAACUCGGCAGACUAUUGCGAAACGAGUGGCUGAUACUCCGAAGACCGUCGAAGACCCCAGCAGGAUUCCCCUGCCGAAGACUCCCGAACGCAAUAGAGCCGAGAUGUUCCGCUCUACUGAGGGUACGCAGUAUUUCGAAGAUUCGCAUAUGAAGAUGCCAACGCGUGGCAAGCAGCCAAGUGGACGCUACGCUGAGUUGUUUGACGCUGCAGACGCAGCCGAGCUCAGCGACAGCGAGGAUGGGCGCGAGUACCUGGACUUGGCUGAAGAGUCGGUGAAGGACGUCAUCAAGCACCUUAGCUUCGAUGACGCUGAAAGUGAUCGGACGCAAUACUUGGAGGUUCGCACCCAUGCGUCCCUCGACAAGAUCCCUAUGUUCGAAGGCAAACGUUACCGACCGGAUGACUCUCUCCAGUGGCUUAAGCGGUUCAUCUACGAGAUGAAAGGAACUCGGCUGGCACAAGACCUCUGGUACGAGCCAUUCUCGCUGAAGCUGGAGCGAGGUGCGAAGAGCUGGUAUCGCCAACUUCCGAAGAAGACGCAACGGAAGUGGAGUCUGCUGAGUGAGGCAUUCGCCGACUACUACUGUUCGGAGUUUGACCAGUCGGCACGAGCUCGCUAUUACUCGGCUCAGCGCAAAGACAACGAGCUGGUGUGUGACUUCCUCGUUCGUCUCAACGGAUAUGCGAAGUCGGCGAAAAUCCAGUACGAAGCCGGUGGAGCGGAUGCUGCUGACCAUGUGGAACACUUCCUGUUGCAUUGCAGAGAUGAUGACGUCAUGGAUCUGCUCUAUCCGCAACAGCUCACCGACAUCAAGAAGGUCGAGAAGAUCAUCAACUAG